AUGCAAAGUGGCAAAGCCAACACGAAAGGAACAGAGAGACCGAAAGAUUUGCAUUUGCAGACCGGAAAAUUUGAUUGUGACGGAAACAUUAAUAUAACAUUUAAUAAAUCGUACUCAGAUGAUGACAUUUCGCCAUCUGAAAUGAAUUGUAAAAAGGUAAUCGAUAAGCCGACGCUUGUGAAGCGUUUAACAAUGGGAUUAUUGAGGAUGAAUGAUCAGGAGAGUCGUCCGUUAGUGACAAAUCGUUCAUCACCAAACUCUCCAUCACGACGUAAUUACUUUUAUCACUACAUCAAUGCUGGUAUUUAUGAUGUUGACAAUAAAUUUGGCGAUUCAUGCCGACAGUCAUUAACAUCAUCAAUAGUAUUGGAUGCAUCAGAUAUAUGUGACACAACAGAUAAUCGCAAUACAAUAGAGUUUGACUUUAAAAGAAAUAUAAUAAGGGAGACGAGCAGUGCUAAUUGUAGUCCAAAGAAAUAUCUUUUAUCAACACUUAAACGCACUGAUAGCCUUAAUGCUAAUCACCACAUUACGGAUGAUAUUGAAGAUUUAGAACUUAAGGAUGCGUCGUGGUUUCAUACGGGACUACCGCAUGAAUUAUCUUUAGAAGUCUUGGCACAACAAAGUCCUGGUGAUUUUAUUGUGAGGAGGGCGCAUAAUAAAAACGGUGGAUUUACACUUUCGCUUCGAGUUCCUGGCACAUCACCUAAAAUUGUAAAUUAUUUGAUCAUUAGAACUACUAAAGGAUAUAAAAUUAAGGGUUUUCAUAAGGAAUUUUCAUCAUUACGUGCUUUAAUUACACACCAUUCAGUCAUGCCUGAGCAAUUGCCAGUUCCACUAGCACUUCCAAGGCCGCAAAAUAUUAACCGUAAAUGUAAGAACAUUGAUGAUUAUGAUACAUAUGCAAGACUUAAAGAUUUGCGAUGUAUCUUUUCGGAUCUGGAUGUAAAUUCCUAA